CCAUCGAUUUUGCGGUAUUGUAUGCCGACGAUCUCAUCCCAUACCCGUCUUGUGAGAUCACCAACAGCGGGAAUCGCGAUGUCUUCCCCCUUGUAUUGGAUGCAGGAAACUGGCGUCACAACGGCUGCUGUCCCAGCUCCAAAUGCCUCCAAUAGUCUAUUCUCUUGGCUUGCUUCUUUGAUUUCGUUCAUGGUGAUGCUACGCUCUGACACAUCGAAGUCRCCCCACUCACGUGYGAGCUCUAAGAUACUAUCCCUUGUUACCCCAGGCAGAAUAUCUCCCCGAUCUAGCGACGCGGUCACUAGUUCAGGUCGAUUGGUGUCUUUGUUUAUCCAAUAAACAAAAAAAUUCAUAGCGCCGACUUCAGUAACUUCGUCGUUUUCUCCAUACAGCCAUAAAAUUUGGGAAUAACCCUUCGCCGCUGCAACUGCAGCCGGCUUCAUUGUYGCAGCAUAAUUCCCACCCACUUUUGCGUUCCCUUUGAAGAAAGUAGAGUURUUUCAUGRCAAAAACGUAUGAGUAGAUAGCGAAAACCUAGYAGACUCAACUGGUCGGUGUGGGGCUAACAAACAGUGACAAAUUCUGAUUUACUGGCAGUGUCCAUUAUCGGCAAUAUCGACAUAAUUUGCAUUGGAAUCAAUUGUACGUCGCAUUCAUCAACACCUCUGCACGCCWCUACUCACCUGUACCUCCAGGCCAUGCCCGAACRCAGUCUGUAUCUGCUGUUAAUUUGAUUGGAUCGAAUCCUGUUUUGUAGUACGGGCCCACUGGUGAACAGAUCACGAACAACAAUAUACUUUCGGGUGGUGCCACUCCCAAAAACUGGUGGGUGGCGAUAACUGUCGGUCGAAUGUACAAGCUAUAUCCCUCUCCAGACGGAAUCCAGUCCUUGUCUAUCUUCACGAGCUCACCGAUUAGAUUGACCAGUUCCUUGUUCUCAAAAUCGGUUCCGGGCAUCUGUAGACGAUCCAUUGAGUUUGUCAGGCGCUUCGCGAUCGAGAACAUAGCAGGAACGACAACGACAACAUCUUUUUGAGGGGGGGGGGGCGAUAACUCGGCAAUCUUGUUCUAGGGGACAAAAAACUUUUCUACUCACUUCCAUGUUUUUGUCGGGACGGAAAAGAUUGAUAGAAUCUUCGUCCUCCGAAGAACGAUACGCUUUCAUCCCUUCGAAGCAUUCCAACCCUAGAAAUGUAGUACGCAUGAUUUUCAAAAAACCGUGUUGAGUCUUUCCUAGCMAAGUGAAAUGCGAUCGAAUCAAGUUGUGAAGCAUGCCGAAAUCUUAUGACCGAUGUUUCAGUUCUCUCACCAUAAUGAAGACUCGAAGCGGCAGGACUGAUCUGUAGAUUCUGGUAGGGACUAAUUUUUGGUUUGCCCCAUCCGCUUUUGGUAUCCCAUUCUAUUGUCAGCAUGUGAUCUGUAAAUGUAUGCCCAAAAACAAGGUCUUCCUUUUUCGGUCUAUUCUCAAAAUGCGAUCUGUCGGUUUUCAGAUUUACAAUCAAAUCAGAUGAUGAUAUGAACCGAACGGAUGUCUUGCURCGGCCGAAGCGAUUGCAGCGGUGACUGGCUCUACGUAAUGCUAGUAGCCGUUCAGAUGACGAUACUAGUGAGACAACUCGGGAGUUCAUCAUGACUAUGGAUGAUGUGUGCUAUCGAAAGGAUGUUGACAGUGAAAGUGAAUUGUACAGWUGUCGUUGUGACAGUCGUUCCUCUCUGUUCGGCUCGUCUACGAUUGAAAAAAUGAGAAAACAAUUUCUGCAAUGAUUGCAUUGAAUUGCUUUUCAGAAAAGAACCCUUUUGUGACUUGUGAUGCAUGCUACCGUUGGAGUCAGUUGAGUCGAUGAUACAGUACACAAUUUGCACAAAUUAGAGCACCAAAAAAAAUAUGUAUGGUACGUAUCAGCAGUACGACCUGUACGUACAGUAUGGUACGAAUAGGCAUUACGAAGAACUCGUUGGUACGUACCGCACUACCGUAGUAAGUCUUCAUCCCUCAGGAAGUUCGCACGAACAGUCUGUUCGAGCUCGAGGAGACCCUGUUCCAACACUGUUAUUUCACAAAACAAACCUUCAUUCAAGAAUACGAAGUCAGGUCUUGCAUAACAAUGAGUCUGUCGUUUGUUUCUUCGGCCGUUCAAAUAGGGACCUCCGAUGGUGGUUUCGAAGAAAAACCAAUUGAAAACAAAGAAACCGAGGCCGUGAAUCGUCGCAAUGCUCACAAGCCACUAUUCGAGCAACUCCGAUCUAACCAAGAACAAGAUCAGGAGAAGAAAGAGGAGCAGGAAAGGCUUUUGAUGCGGAGCACUUGCGCAUUGGACGAAGAUGAUGUCGCUCACUUGAAUGCUAUCGAGAGGCAGCGAUCUGACCGAGAACGAAAAAUUCAAGAACGAACUGAAAACGAGUUAAAGGAAUUUCGUGCCGCUAGGGCUCUGAAGAAACAAGCCGCGCUCAGCGGAGAGGACAAAGAUGACGAGAAUGAUGAAAGCAACGCCGAAGACCAAGCUGCUAAAAUAUUCAUAAUGAACGGUAAUGCAUCGGAAGCGUUAGCAGAAAAGAGAGAAACGAACCCCGGUCAGGCCGGUUGUAGUUUACCCGUCAUCAAAGUAAGGAAACGGAAACGGCGCACAAAUCCACUCGAUACGCAAUCAAAGCAAACGAAUAUUGCGAAGGGGGAAGCUUCCAAACUAGAAAAWGGCUACACAUCAGACCUGAACGAGGUCAAUCCUUCGUCUGAAAAGAGAGUUGAGAUGUCAUCUGCGGAUGUGAAACGUGACGAAAGUGCUGGUGGAUUAGGUAGUCUGCUCUCUGGCUACGGGUCAUCUUCAGAUGAGGAUUAAAACUUGUAUUCUACUAAAAAACUCACGAUUCUUUAUGCUGGAAAAGCUUUCUAAUAAAUAAAACGUAGUGAG